AUGUUAUCUCCUGAAAGCGUCGAGAUCAUUUUGAACUGGGCUGAUUGUACCGUCCCUCAAAUCAUAUAUGGCAAAGUCGGAUUCGUUGCAACAUGCGCGGAUACUCUAUCAGUCAUGAUUGAAGAAAAUUAUCCGAGUGAAUUAAGCGUUGUGAUGUUUGGUGCACCGCAAAAAAAUGUAUUGUUUGAAAAGCUGUGCGAGGCAGCAGCUAAGUAUGAACGCCAUGUUCAUUACGAGGACGUUUAUUACCUUACCGUCAAUUGCAAAGAUAAACAAGAAGUGAUAGAAUUUACUGAUCCAGGCCUUGAUCGAACCGGAGGCAGGGAAAUGGCCAUAAAACGUGCCGACCUUGCAAUAUUGUUCUAUUCUGCACUUUCACUUCAUUCUCUACAUCAACUGCAAACGCUAAAUGACGAUUUGAAGAUGAAAAGCAAUAUUCCUCUACGUUUGAUUUGUGAUUCUGAUGAGUGCAAAGAUGAGGAGGACGGUGAAUCUACUGGCAUAGCUUCCGUCUCAGAAGGAUAUAACUCUGACGCAGAAGGUGAAGGACGCAUACAAAGAAGAAAUUCUAUGGAAAAAAUUCGCAAAGCAAGCGAAGACGUCGAAGUAGCUGUUGAACAGGGCCAACAAUGGGCUAGUAACAUAGGUCCAAACUGUGAAUUUAUUCUACUUUCCUCUUCAAAAUUCAACGAAGCCAGAGCAUUCCUUGAGGACAUAAUAAGAGCCAUCAAACGUUCACACAGCCCGAGAGGCUUGUCAUUUAUCAAGCGGCUACGGUUUCACGAUAAAUCUUCGUCCGGAAGUUGUGAUAAGUCAUCACCACAGAAGAGUGAGCAAUCGGACGGUUCCGAUGCGUCACAUGACAGGAAAAAGACGAGAAGUUUCAGCCUGAGCGAUCCGAAUUCCUCCAAACAAGUUCCUGAAAGUAAACUGAUGGAUUACGUAGAUGCCAUGGAUAAACAUCAGAAACGUUCACUUCUAAAUCUCAUUCGUGAAGGUGUAUUGACUGACGAGUGUUUCAUCAAUAUAAACGACACAUCAAUCCCGGAAAGGGUACAGGUUCCCAUUCCACGCGUGGUUGAAGCUAUGAAAAAAAUCGAGUCAAAUGCCCUCAUUAUGCACAGAGAGAAACCCCUUAGUUUAAGAAUUUUCUACGCAAAGCACUACUCGUCAGCAAGUUUCCAAAGUCAGCACAGAGCAGAUCUGGAUGUUCGUUCGCUCUCGACGGGUCGCUUCACUAUGCCAGUUUGGUAUUCAGUGCUUUUCCAGAUCAUGACAUUGGGUACCUUUGCAUCCCAUAUAUGGUCGCAAAUCACCAAUUAUGCAGAUUUACAAGAAAGUCUUUCAUUGACAGUGCCCACAAUCAUUCUUGUAGUAUCCAGUGAGUUAAACCAGAUCGAAAAGCGGAUCUAUGCUACAAAGGCAAUUCAAUUUAUCCUUUUAUGGUAUACCAUGAUUCUCGCAAUCUAUGCAAAUCUCUACGAACUGAAUAUCUAUCCAGCACUCGCUACCGUUCUGACAAAUGGCUUUGGACUGAUGCUUUUUGCUAGAAUAGCCGAGUUCUUUCGAAGAUGUCGACGAACAAGGAAUGGCACAGCUAUUGCGGCACGAUAA